AAACCCCAACUUCGUACCACAUGCCCAGGUAUUGUCGUCCCCCUGGUUUUCUUCCCCCAAAUCCCUCUGCCUUUCCUCCCAAUCCCCAUCCUCGCUCGGCUUCCUCCUUCCUUUCCAUCCAACCAAACAGAAAAUUCCCCCAAUAUAAAAAAAUAUUUAUAUUAAUUAAUAUUAAUAUAUGAUGAAAAAUAGAAGUGAAUGAAUGAAGGAUGGUUUGGACCUUUGCUUCUCCUUUCUUCUUCACUCCUCUUAACCCAAACAAACCUCCAUCAUUAAACACAUCCUAAAUUCUUUUUUUUUCCCUCUUUUUCUUAAUUUUUUAAACUUUGAUUCUGAUCCUGAUAAUAAUAAUAAUAUUGUUAUUAUUAUUAUUAUUAUUAUUAUUAUUAUUAUUAAUUCCUUUCUCCCUAUCUUUCUUCGGAAUGCGAAUCUACUACGCUUAGUCCCACCGUAACUACCCUAAAGCCUUCAGCCCGAUCUCCCCCUUUUCCGCCAUGUCCCUCGAUUCUUCCCCUUCCCUUCCGAUCCCUCUCGACCCACCUCAAAACCACACCUUUCCUGCCCAAAACGACAGCCCCACUACGCAAACCCCGGAAUCCACCACUGACGCUAACGCAACGCUAACGCCGACCCCUCCCUUAACGAGGAGCAAUCGCCCCUCGCGGGCUUGUACAAUCCGAGCCGCUCAACGGCUCUACGAGAAGCAACAGCAAGCCGCGAUUGAGCGGCGGCAGAAACCGGCGAAGAAAGAGCAGCAGCACCACCAAUAUCAGCAGCAGAAGCAACACAAGGACGAAAAUGAUGGUUCUUCGUCGCCGCAGCAGCAAUGCAGCGGUAUUACCAAGAUCGUUACUCCUCUAGUGGGGCCGCCGGAGCCAUCGCAGUUGCCUAGGUGGAACAUUCGGUCUAUGUGGGAGUUAGCUUCAGUACUUAAUUUCUUGCAUGUUUUCAGGCCGCUUUUGAACAUAGCUGUGGAGUUCUCGGUGGAGGAGCUUGAGACAGCUUUGAUUACACCUAAUGAUACUUUGGGAGAUAUUCAUAUUCCUUUGUUAAAGGCAAUCCCUCCAAUUACUAGGAUGGCCCUUACACGGGAUACCUGGGUUACUGUUCUUUGCAAAAAAUUAAGGGACUGGUGGCUUUGGGUUGCAGAUGGGGAUCUUCCCAUUGUUGCUGCACACGGGGUGGAGGUUGAAUUAUACAAGUCACUUGAUCCUGGAGUUCGUGUUGUGAUCUUGAAAGCGCUAUGUGACAUUCGUGUUGAGCAAGAAGACAUCCGGAACUACAUUGACAACUCAAUUAAACAUGGUGUUCAACUUUCAGCCUUUCGUAAAGAACGUAUUGGAGGUGAUUCUCAGGGAAUUAAUUACUGGUAUGAGGAUGAUCCAGUCAUUGGUCAUCGCUUAUACCGGGAAAUAAGGAAAGUUGAGUUGAAGAAAGCAAAGAUGAAAGGUUCCCAUGUCCCUAAUAGUGCAACAUAUCUGUGGGAAACAGUUGCAACAAAUUUGGAAGAAUUUCAAGAAGUUUCUGAGAAACUUUUUGCCAGUAAAAAUAGAACGGAGUCUUCACUAGGGAAGAAGUUAAAGAAUGACAUGCUUCCUGAGAUUGAAAAAGAACACAAGAGAAAGGAGAGGUUACUGAAAAAACAACAUAGACAAGCUCUUCUUCUUAAUAACUUCUUGGUUGUUGAUGGGCUUGCUCCAGGACGCUCACUUCGUGACAGAAAACCUGUCACUUACACAUUUGAUGAUUAUGAUCGGUCAAUAAAUGAGGCCAUUAAGAUUACCAAGCGGAAACCACCAUCACCAGAUCCCCUCAAUGUAAGAGAUGUUGCCAAGCCUGAACCUUCUGCAAACGGUAAAUUGAGUGGUCCUUCACAUGCCUCUGAACAGGACAAUGACAUCCUACUGUCCCCCAAAUCACCCGAAUAUGAUGAUUUUGAUGAUAAUAAAUCUGGGGAAUUGGAUCGUAGCAAUCGGCGGAGGCAGAGACCUCAACGAUAUUCAACGAAGGAGUUUGUUGAAGCUGUUUCAGAUAACGAGGCAGACUUUGACAGUGAUGAUGAUAUAGUUGGAGAAGCUAUAUAUGAUGAGGAAUACCUGAGAAAACGAAAACGGAGAAGGCAAUCCAGCAGCUCAGAAGGAGAUGAGGAAUAUGGUUGGGAAGAGGAAAAUGCUGAAGAAGAGGAGGAAGAAGAAGAGGAUUCCUUAAGUAUCAGUGAGGACAGUGAUGAGGGCCCAAAAUUCAAGAAAUUGCCAGGCCGCACUCGGAGAGAAACUAAAUUAAGGUCAGUUGAUGAGCUUCAGUCAGGUCUAAGACGUAGUAAAAGAGCCACCAGGAAUCGUAUUGAUUAUAGACAGUACGAGCUGUCAGAAUCUGAAACAGAAUCAAAAGCUGAAAAGUCUAAUCCGUCAGAUGAACACUCAGAUGCAAGUGAGAAUGAGGAGUAUUCGGAAGGAAGUCAAGAUUCCAAUGGCAGUGAUGAUGACCAGGAAAUGAACGUUGAUCCACUCGUGGAAGUUGACUCCGAGACAGUACAGAAAGAGCAAAGCCAGCAACCUGAGCAAUCAAAUGGCCUUGGGCAAGAUGAAGAGGUUGGUGUGCGAAAAAGACGCUUCCUUGACCUAAACGAGCUUGCUCCUGGUUCUGGUUUUGAUGAUGGUCCCAAUACAAUAAUGAAAGAUGAUGACAGAGAUGAUUUCUAGAGCUUCCAUCUCUGCUGAAGAGCAAGGGUUGUAAUCUUCUCCUGGGGAAGCAAAGUGUAUGAUAGUAAAAUUUAUAAAUUUUGCCAUAAGCCUAUGGAGGAAUUUAGGGUCGGCAUUCCUCCGAGGCUCUACACUACCUUGAUGCAAUUCAUUCAGGGUUUGCAGCAGGGAAGCAACAUGAUGAGAGUUCUAUAGAUUAGGUAGUCAUUUUUUAGCAUGCCCACAUUGAAAGAAACCUACAGGCAGGUCGAUGGGGAUUAGGGAAUUCGUUCAGAGAUCUUUAGCUUACCGAUCAAUGUACAAUAACCUUAUAACUAAUAUUGUAACUGUGAAAAAAUUGGCUUUAGAUGUCAAGCCCUCUAGUUUUAAUCUUUUAUCACCCUCUGCGCUUCUGGGUUGGUUGGAUCCCACCGAAAGUAUUAUUGGGUUUUCUCUUCAUUGUAAUGGAACCAUCCUCCCACAAAGGUAUUAGGAGUUUUCUUACUCAAAUUGCUGUGUAAUAUUCCUUUGUUUUAACACUCACCUUCGUUUCGGGAUUUUGGU